AUGCAUCAGAGUAGUGGAUAUAUUACAGAGACGGACGGCUGCCAUCGACACCUACUUCUACUCACUCUCUUCGCCACCUUCUACUCCAUAUUCCGGCACACGCCACUUAACGAGCCGUGUGAGGAGCAGGAGCAAGAGCAGCGCGGCGUCGUCAUAGCCGGACGAGCUCGAGGUGUUUUUUGGGGAGUUACGAAAAUGCCACCGUGGCGGGAGAGCUUCUUCUUCAAACCCCGGCUCGUGCUCGCCUCCCUAUUUUGCCUGGCUUUUGGCCACCUACUCGCCCUGCCCUCGAUUUUGCACACCUCCAUUUCCUGUGAUAAGACAGACUUCCUCCUCAAAAUCGCCUUCAACGACACAUUUACGGGUUUGAUCUACACGGAGCAGGGCAGCCCGAAUUGUGUCUACGUCAAUGCUUCAGUGCAACCGAGCACGAACUAUCAAGUUAAGAUACCACUCGCCGGCUGUGAAACCCGAAGAAAUUCUGAUGGAAACCUGGAGAAUGAGAUUGUUAUCCAGAAUGGCGACUCUUUCCGGGCUGGUGGUGAUCGAAAAUUUUUGCUGACUUGUAUCCCGGCUGCUCCGAGGUUUAGGGAUAGCCUCGUCACCGUAGCAUUUGGAGGUGUAACGAUCGAUCAAGCUACUACAGUGUCGAGUGUUAGCAAUACGAAUACACAGAAGCUCGAAUACUUCGUGACCGUCAUCGACGCCACCAAGCCAGGGCGCGAGCCUUUGAGGCGACCACUGGCGGUUGGGGACAAAGUGAUCUACUCCGUUUUUGUACGUCACCCGAUUCGGGCCAGAAUUGGCAGAUGUUGGGCUACAGACGACGCCUCGAAACUUGAGCUCUCAAACGCCGAGGGCUGUUCGGUUCAAAGAAGCGGAAACGUGUGGAAUGACUUUGCGGUUUCCGAAAAUGACACUGGCGUCACGUACGACAACUCGAUCAAGGCAUGGGCUUUCCCGACUAGCAAUGAAGUCAACAUUUUCUGCAAUUUACAUGUUUGCAAGGAUUGUCGACAGACACAGUGUGCUUCGAGACGAAGAAGAGGGCUAAUCCCAGCCGAUGAAAGUAUCGAAAAUCCACUUGGUCCGCUGCCAGAACGGAUAAUCGGUGAUCAGAUUAUGGAAGACGACCUCACACCCCCGAUUCCACUACUUGGAACGUUAAGGUUACGGAUGUCAAAAGGCGGUCCGGCAGCUGAAGCAGCCGCUCAUACUGCUAAUAACUCCAAUCGAAAACCAUAUCUUCUUAUUUUUAGUAUUUUGUCACUGGUGCUUUCAAGGUUUUGUGCA